CGGAAGUCCUCUCUAGCCCUGGGUCCUCCAACUGCUGCCAGAGCAGGAGCAGCCCGGGAGCCGCGGGACCAGGGGUGCUGGAGUCCGGACGGGGGUCGCCAUGAUCCGCUUCAUCCUCAUCCAGAACCGGGCGGGCAAGACGCGCCUGGCCAAGUGGUACAUGCAGUUUGAUGACGACGAGAAACAGAAGCUGAUCGAGGAGGUACACGCCGUGGUCACUGUCCGAGACGCCAAACACACCAACUUUGUGGAGUUCCGGAACUUCAAGAUCAUCUACCGCCGCUACGCCGGCCUCUACUUCUGCAUCUGCGUGGACGUCAAUGAUAACAACCUGGCCUACCUGGAGGCCAUCCACAACUUCGUGGAGGUCUUAAACGAGUAUUUCCACAACGUCUGUGAGCUGGACCUGGUGUUCAACUUCUACAAGGUGUACACGGUCGUGGACGAGAUGUUCCUGGCCGGCGAGAUCCGCGAGACCAGCCAGACAAAGGUGCUGAAGCAGUUGCUGAUGCUGCAGUCCCUGGAGUGAGGGCGCCGGCCCUCCCACCCGCCCGCACUCGCCUGCUCGCUUCCCCUUCCCGGGCCCGGGCCCCCCCAGCAGCCCCUCCGUCAGCCGCCUGGGAGGGAGGGACCCAGCCUGGGCUGGGCCACGGGGAGGAGACGGCGCCCGCUGCCUCUGGGCCUGGCUGUGGGCGGAGGCCACCCUGCGUGUACCAGUAACCGUGCCGUUGUUGUGAUGACUUGAGUGUGCGUGCCUGGAGCCCCCAAUAAACCUGUGGUCCCCACCUG